CACGAUCCUGUAUAUUUAUUGAAAGUGUUGCGGAUUAUUUAAAUCCUAAUGGAACACUACAAAAGCAACAUGAAAACAAUCAUCAAAUGAAGAGGUAUCAACGAGAAAAUACUAAAGAGAGCAAGUACACGUUGCAAGAAUGUGGGGCUAUGGAGAAAUUGAAGUGGUUAAAGAAAUUUAAAGCAACCAAAUCACUUGCUGAUAGUUAUAAACUGGGAAAAGCCUUAUAUGCUUGGGCAAGAACGUCCAAACAUAAGGAAACUGCUCGUGAACACUGUAAUGCUCCAUAUGGUCAUAAACCAAUGUGA